CGCUACUGCUAGCUAAACUUCAGAAUGAACCCGACAAGAGGAAAACCCGUUAGUUUGUAGAGGAGAAACUGUGACCGUCCAUGUCUUGUCUACAAAUAUCGACACGCUGACAAAAAGUUGUUGACAGCAAUGUCGAGAGAAAACACCACGCGAAGUUUGGACAGCAUAGACCUCGCUGCUUUGAGAGAUCCAGCAGGUAUCUUUGAGUUGGUGGAGGUGGUUGGCAAUGGAACCUAUGGUCAGGUGUACAAGGGUCGUCAUGUCAAGACAGGCCAACUGGCAGCUAUCAAAGUCAUGGAAGUCACAGAGGAAGAAGAAGAGGAGAUCAAACUGGAGAUCAACAUGUUGAAGAGCUAUUCCCACCAUAGAAACAUCGCUACUUACUAUGGAGCUUUUAUUAAGAAAGGUCCUGCUGGACAGGACCACCAACUCUGGUUGGUGAUGGAGUACUGCGGAGCCGGCUCUGUCACGGACUUGGUGAAGAAGACCAAGGGCAACUGCCUGAAGGAGGACUGGAUAGCUUACAUCUGCCGAGAGGUGCUCAGGGGUCUUUCCCAUCUCCACUCCCAUCAUGUGAUUCACAGAGACAUUAAGGGACAAAAUGUUUUGCUCACAGAGAAUGCUGAAGUCAAACUGGUUGACUUUGGAGUGUCGGCACAGCUGGAUAAGACGAUUGGUCGACGGAACACCUUCAUCGGAACUCCCUAUUGGAUGGCUCCGGAGGUCAUAGCCUGUGACGAGAACCCAGAGGCCACAUAUGACUACAGGAGUGACCUCUGGUCCUUAGGCAUCACCGCAUUAGAGAUGGCUGAAGGAGCCCCUCCACUGUGUGACAUGCAUCCAAUGAGAGCUCUGUUUUUGAUUCCACGAAACCCUCCACCCAAACUUAAAUCAAAGAAAUGGUCGAAGCGUUUCUUGUCGUUUGCUGACAGUUGUCUGGUCAAGAACCAUCUGCAUCGGCCCACCACUGACACGCUGCUGAGGCACGCUUUCAUCAGAGAUCUGGCCAAUGAGAGACAAGUUCGCAUCAUGCUCAAAGAUCAUCUGGACCGAACCAGGAAGAAAAGGGAGAAAGAGGGUCCUGAGUAUGAGUACAGUGGCAGUGAAGAAGACGAUGACGAGGUCACAGAGGAGGAAGGAGAGCCCAGCUCCAUAGUGAACGUUCCUGGUGAAUGGACGUUGAGACGGGAGUUUCUCCGUUUGCAGACAGAGGAUCGCGAAGGCGGCAGGGAGGGGGGCCACGGGGGAGGUGGAGGUCAACAACGACAACAGGCAUUACAGCAGCACAGGCAGCAGUUGGCGGAGCAGGAGCGAUACAAGCAGCAGUUACUGGCCGACAGACAGAAGAGGAUCCAACAGCAGCAUGAGCAGCGGCAAAAGUUAGAGGACCAGCAGAGGCGGCAGCUGGCAGACUGUGCCUUUCAGUGGGCGGAGCUUCAAGAGAUUUUUCCUGGGGAAGAGUCUGAUCCCCAUGACAGCAGAAUCUUACUGGAUGAGAGAAACAGGAGGAGUGACAGGAGACAGGACCAGGCAGGCAGACAGCAGAGUGCCGAAGUGUCAGUGAGGCCUCUGGACUCCGCCACAGAGCAGAGAGCCGUGGCUCCAAACCAGCUGCUUCAGCACAGGGCCCAGCUCUCCCAGCCUCAGCUCCAGCCGCAAGCCAAGCCCCAGCCUCUGGCUCAGCAUCAGCAGCCCUCAGCGGGCAGGAGAUCGCACCGCACCCUGCCCAAGGACCAAACCCAGCUCCUGUCGCUGCAGCACGACCACAGGCACAGGGAGCGGGAGAGGCAGAGGCAAAAGCCGGUGGCAACUGUCCAGAAGCUAACAGCUAAUAGUGGGGGCACAGCUGCUGCUGCUGCUGCUUCCUCGCCCAGCCGCCCUGCAAACAGCCAGCGCUCAGCGAUGGACUUCCAGGAAUCAAACCUAGCCAGGCUGCUUUUGGCCGCUGGUCUGCCCAGCCAGAUGCACUCUAGGCUGGGCUCGGGGAGCAGCUCCAGUCCCUGUACUCCAGCCCUACAGAGAGCUCACCUCAACCAGAAUGCCAAUCUGCGCUCCAGUCGAGACGCCCCUCACAGCAGCUCUAUGUCAGAUAUGGCCAUCUCCCCGUUGUCCCCAUUCUCCCCUACGUCCCCAACUGAUGAUGUCUUCUGGGACUCUGGGACGCCACCGAAGGUCCCAGAACGCACAACCUCAAAGUUCUACUGUAGAGAGCUGGUGAUGGGACACAAGCGGGCCGCUUCGAGUGGCAGUCCCGGGUCGGUCGCAGACAAGAGUGGACGGUCCGUGUCCUCCAGCUGCAGCAACCACCCAGGCUACAUCAAACUGGAGAGUCCUCUGCUACAGCACCGUCUCCAGCAGCACAGGAGGGCACAAGAAAACGUGACCAGUGGACAUACACAAGGUGUUAGAGCUGCUCUGAGUCGGCUUAACAAGGCCACAGAAUACUCCUCAUCCAGUGACGAGGUCGGCAGCAGUGAUGAUGAAGAGAGGAACAGGUCUGGCCUGUCCAAUGGAAAGGGAAAGUACUUUAGAGGAAUACCUGAUGGCAUUGUACUGCAACCUCACCACAAUCUUAACCAGAUUUCUCGGAUAGGUUCAGAUGAUACCUACCUGCUACCAGACCUUCUGCAGAAAACCUCCUCCUCCAGUCCUACCCACAACGCACUGGGCCAGCAGCAGCGAGCACGGGAACUCAACUACUCGCAGUCACCCACGGCCCCCCGAUCCCCCACACACCAGGACCUACAUGCCGUCAGCAGUCCUACCGGUAAAAACGCCUCCUCAUCUUCCUCUUCCUCCUUCCUGUCAUUCAUCGAUCCAAGAUUGAUCCCCAUGUCAUCGCCACCACAGAGCCCUGUGGGUAAUAAGGGUGAGCAGACCAAGAGAGAGAACCACAGGAAGGGCUCUGUGGUGAAUGUGAACCCGACCAACAUUCGUCCGCAGAGCGACACUCCAGAGAUCCGCAAGUACAAGAAGAAAUUCAACACGGAGGUUCUCUGUGCUGGACUAUGGGGUGUAAAUCUGUUGGUGGGGACGGAGAAUGGCCUGUGGCUGCUGGAUCGAAGUGGUCAGGGGAAAGUCUACUCCCUCAUCAGCAGACGACGGUUUCAGCAGAUGGAUGUGUUGGAAGGACUCAACGUGCUGAUCACUAUAUCAGGUAAAAAGAACAAGCUCCGUCUGUACUAUCUAUCCUGGUUAAGGAAUAAAAUUCUGCACAAUGACCCAGAGGUGGAGAAGAGACAGGGUUGGACCUCAGUAGGGGAUCUAGAAGGCUGUGUACACUAUAAAGUGGUGCGUUACGAUAAGAUAAAGUUCUUGGUGAUUGCUUUGAAGAACGCCGUGGAGGUGUACGCCUGGGCCCCCAAACCCUACCACAAAUUCAUGGCCUUCAAGUCAUUCAGAUCUCUGCCUCAAAAACCAAUGUCUGUUGACCUGACAGUGGAGGAAGGCCAGAGGUUAAAGGUCAUCUACGGCUCCUUGUCUGGUUUCCACGCCAUCGAUGUCGACUCUGGAACACCUUACGACCUCUACCUGCCUACACAUAUCCAGGGCUCCAUUCGUCCCCAUGCCAUCAUCAUCUUGCCAAACAGCGCUGGAACAGAGGUUCUGGUUUGCUACGAAGACGAGGGCGUCUACAUCGACACCUACGGCCGCAUCACCAAGGAUACGGUGCUGCAGUGGGGGGAGAUGCCUGCAUCUGUCGCCUACCUUCAGUCCAACCAGGUGAUGGGCUGGGGAGAAAAGGCCAUAGAGCUAAGGUCGGCCAACACAGGGAACCUGGAGGGAGUUUUCAUGCACAAGAAGGCCCAGAAACUCAAAUUCCUCUGUGAAAGGAAUGACAAGGUCUUCUUUGCCUCGGUGCAGUCCGGAGGCAGCAGUCAGAUUUACUUCAUGACUCUUGGACAGAACUCACUGUUCAACUGGUAACGAGGGGUUAACAGGUCCCCUCUGGGAUCAACAGGUGGUGUCUGCCUUCAUUGCUCUGGGUUUGCCUGGGGAUGCCUUUUUAUAUUACUGCCGACUGAUGUUCAUCUCCAUGGAUAAUG